CACUUCCCAACACUAGCCCAUUUCUGCUUCUCCAUCCUCUGGUACGUCGCUUACACACACACGCUUCAUAAAUAUCUGUGUGUGUGUGUUUUUAUAGUUCUUGAGAGUUGUUUUUUGCUUUUUCUUAUCUGGGCUUCUUUGUAUUUUCAAGUUUCAUUCAGGUCAAAUAAAAUGAGUACGCUAGAUGUAGCUCGAGCUGAACUUGCUCUUGCAGUACUGUAUUUGAACAAAGCCGAAGCCAGGGACAAGAUAUGCAGGGCCAUUCAGUACGGCUCGAAAUUUGUGAGUAAUGGUGAGCCUGGCACAGCCCAAAAUGUUGACAAAUCAACUAGCUUGGCAAGGAAAGUGUUUCGUCUUUUCAAGUUUAUCAAUGAUCUACAUGGACUUAUUAGUCCUCCAGUCAAAGGAACUCCUCUUCCUCUUAUUUUGCUUGGAAAGUCCAAAAAUGCAUUACUAUCAACUUUCUUGUUCCUGGACCAAAUUGUCUGGCUAGGUAGGAGUGGCAUUUACAAGAACGCAGAGCGUACACAACUCAUUGCCAAGAUUUCUCUAUACUGUUGGAUGGGCUCAUCAGUUUGUACUACCUUGGUUGAGAUUGGGGAGAUCGGGAGGCUUUCAGCAUCAAUGAAGAAAUUAGAGAAGGAUAAGAAUGAAGAAUACCGUGCCAAACUAAAGAACUCCAAUGAGAGAUCACUAUCCUUGAUCAAAGCUGCCAUAGAUAUAGUGGUUGCAGCUGGGCUGUUACAAUUGUCACCUAAGAAAAUCACUCCUCGCGUCACAGGAGCCUUUGGAUUUACGAGCUCCCUAAUCUCUUGUUAUCAGUUGCUUCCUGCGGCUCCAAAGUCGAAAACCGGUUGAAAGGGCAUGGCCCUUGUGCUCAAAGUUGACAAUGUCAAAUUGUAAUAAUCCAAGCUUGCAAAUCAUAUACAUUUGUGUUGGGUUUUACUUCUGUGCAAUUUAUGGAUUAGUAGAUUUAUGUAUCAAAUGUCUGUAACGUUCUUAGAAUUUGGUUGUUUACAUUAGUAAUAAAUAAUACCUGUUGCAUA